AUGGAAAAGCUUCGAGGGCUGCGCGUGGCCCCCAGGCUCAUAUCCCGCUCGCGGCUACCCUCCCCUUCCCGGGCUCCUGGCUCCCUUUCAGUGCUCCCUUUCAGUGCAGUUUCUUCCUCCUCCCCUCAGGCCCUCUCCUCUCCGGCGCGAGGCUCAGUCCUGGGGAUUAAGAAAAAGAGGGAGGGGAAAAGGGAGGGGAAACAGAAGGGGCGGAGGAGAAAGGAGGACGAACCCUCCAAAGGCGGGGAGGGAGAGCGCUCCUUCCGCCUGGCUAGGGUCCUCCGCGGAGCCCCUCCCCUCCCUUGCUGCUGCCUCUGCGGGGAUGACUGGGUUAUCCAGGUUAUCCAGGAGUCCGAGACUGGACAUGGAUUCUGGCCCUGGCGGGAGAACAUGAAGCCUGAGCGUCUGGCCCCAGAGCUGCAGGAAGGGAGACUCAGAUUACAUGAGAGCAGUUCUCUCACUGGCCUUUUCCUACAGGUGGUUACAGUCCUGGCAAUGGUCUGGGGGACCCACAUCUUCAGUUUGCAGCUCCACAAGGACAGUUCUCACCAGCCUAGCUGCUGCCCCAGCAAAAGGCACGACUUUUCUGAGGAGUGGCUAAAGUGGAAUCCUGUGGUGGUAACUCCUCCGGAGACUGCCAACCUCAUCCACCAUAUGGAGUCCUGCCAGGCCAGUGAGGACGGACCCCUUAACAGCAGGGCCAUCUCCCCCUGGAGAUAUGAGUUGGACAGAGACUUGGACCGGCUCCCACAGGACCUGUACCAUGCCCGUUGCCUGUGUCCACACUGCGUCAGCCUAGAGACUGGCACCCACAUGGACCCCCUGGGCAACUCGGAGCUGCUCUACCACAACCAGACCGUCUUCUACCGGCGACGGUGCCGCAGAGAGGGAGGUGCCCAUAAGGGCUACUGCCUGGAGCGCAGACUCUAUCGUGUCUCCUUGGCAUGUGUUUGUGUGCGGCCCCGUGUGAUGGCCUAG